UCAUUCAAAUUUGAGGUUUAUUUUAAUCACACCCACAUGCCUCUCAUAUACUACGAUCGCACGAUUAACUCGCCCCUGGAGCUUAUCCUGGCGGGACUGCGGGAUGCAACCGCAGGCUCCUCCCUGCGCGAUCUGGCCACCUUUGUGACGCGAAAGACGGGCUUUCCCGGCGAAGUCUGCUUAAAGGUUAUCAUGGAGGCCCUCGAGGAGGGCAUGGCCUGCAAGAGCAUCCGACAAGAGCACGGGCUUUUCUACGACGUACCGCCAAAACCACCCCGUCUGCCCGCUCGGCGAAAAUUGCAAAUACCGCAGCCAAAGCCGGCGAACGACUGCUGCGAUAAUUAAUUCAUAAUGCCGAGAGUAUCCGCUCGAGUGGCCGAGGAGAGCAGAGCAAACACUUUAUUAAAAUUAAAAUUUAUCUAAAUUGCGACAGCAAGCCAUGCUAUUCUAUCCGCAAAGUACUUGAACAACUUCGUCUGACAAUGACGGAAGGGUUGCUGUUGUUGCUGACGCUGUUGCCAGGCGUUCCCCGCAAGGUGCACUUCUUGUUGCUGCAGCGUCUUCUGUCUGUCAAACGUCAGUCUUGGCGUUGUGGAGCGUUGAAAUUGAAAGCUCCGCUCGCUUUGCCUUUUGGCCAGGUGGGGCAAAGCUGCAGAAGAUGGCUGUGGUGGAUGGAUGGGGCUGGGCCUUUGCAUUCUCAAUGUGUCACUUUGAUUUAUUAUUUUCGACAGCCCUCCCCACGGAGCCAU